AGUCCACAUCUCCCUCUGGCUUGGGGCUGCGGUUCCAGUUCAGCCGUACGCAAGACCAGGACGUUCACAUCCUGCAGGCUCAGCUUUGGCUCUACCUCCGCGUUCCCCGAGACCUGGCAGUCAGCCUCACCCUGCGAAUUUUCCUGAGCUUCUUCGUGGGAGAGCGCAGGACCCUGCGGCUGGAGCUGGAAAGCCGUGGGGCCGGGAGGGAUAUCAUGGCCAUAGUCAAUGCCAGCCAGUCCCACCAGCCCUUCUUGGUGGCCGAGGCAAAGGUGCGGGAGCCAGGACACCGCAUGGCCAAGCGCAGCCUCCGCUGCAGCCAGAACUCCAACCUGUGCUGCCUCAAGGACUACUACGUGGAUUUCCGCGACAUCGGGUGGAACGACUGGAUCAUCAAGCCCGAGGGCUACCAGAUAAAUUACUGUGUGGGCCAGUGCCCUCUGCACGUGGCAGGCAGCCCAGGGAUGGCCUCCUCUUUCCACACGGCCGUCUUCAACCUCGUCAAAGCCAACAACAUCCAGGCGUCAGGGCACUCCUGCUGCGUGCCCACGCGUCGCCGCCCGCUCUCUGUCCUCUACUUCGAUCGCAAUAGCAACAUCGUCAAGACGGACAUCCCUGACAUGAUCGUUGAUGCCUGUGGUUGUAGCUAG